CAAAAUUGCUAAUCUCCAAAGCGAUAAGAUCAUCAAUGAUUAGCGAUCUGUUAAAUAAUUAGAUAGAAUUUAAUACCCGCCAUUUAUAAUACUAAACUCGUGUGAGAAAGUGCUAAAAAUUUAAUUUUACAAUAAAUUAAUUAGUGUCUCAAGCGAGAUAUAAUCAAAAUGUCGGUGGAUCCUGAAAUCGUACAAGGAAGAGAAAAUUAUCCUCUCAAAGUGUUUCAAGCCACUUUAAAUAUUCUUUCGCAUCUACUAAUUGGUAUUGUUGUUGGUAUAUCUCUUAUUUUCGCAUUUCGUAGAGGAUUGCCGUUGGAUGAAACCUCGCAACACAUAGUUUUGUGUGUACUUGGGUACCAACUUCUAAUGGCAGAAUCAAUUCUGAGUCUAUCAGCUGACAACGGCUGGUCUGGUGUCCUGAGAUUCAAAGACAAGAGGAGGGCUCAUACUAUUCUGCAAGUGGUGGGAUCUGCAAUGGCGUUCACCGGUAGUAUCAUACUAAUGCGCAUUAAGACUCAGAACUUCAACACACUACAUGGGCAAUUCGGUUUAGCUGCCAUGGUUUUCACAACUGUCAGCCUCGUCAACGGUGUAACCUCUCUUUACGCAUUUGAAUGGCGGCGAUUCUGUCCAGGAAACAUUUCGAAACUUACUCACAUCUGCUUUGGAGUUGUCGCCUUCGCAUCAGCCUCUAUCUGUUUGUGCUAUGGUUUUGACUAUGUGUUCUUCAGAAGGUGGGCAACCGAUAACUUCACUCAUACUUUGAUAGGCUGCACAGCCUGUUUUACUGCUAUCAUUAUUAUCAAUCCUGUUAUUAACUUUGCAAAGAAAAGCUACCAAUUAGUGAGUAAUUAGUUUCAUGGUAUGCCGAAUUCUGGACUAACAUAUACUUUGAAUUCCUGUCUAAACAUUUAUUGAAAGUUUUGUAAUACGACCCUAUAAAAGUAAAACAGUAUGGAAUCUCACUAACAGGAUAUUAAUGAAGCAAUAAUAGUAACAUGAACAUGAUACAUCACAUUAUCACGAUAUUUUUUAUAUUUGUAUAAAUAUAUAUAUACUUUAUUACUCGAGUAUAACUCGAGAAAUACUUAUUAAUAUAAUGAAUAAUAGUAGUUACAUCUGUUGUCGUACUCUAUAUUUAUGAUGAUAAGUAACAUUAACAAAAACGUAUUACGUCACGUAGGCGUAAUGCCUACGUCAUCCUUUUUUUCUUUAAAGCUAAAUAGUUUAAUGCUGUUUUACCUAAAGUUGAUCUAUCUUCUUCGUUCACUAUGACAAAACGAAACAAAGGACGACUUAAAUGAAAACAGUGCAAUUAGAUUUUACC